ACGCGCGAGCAGUCAUUGAUCGCUCAAGCCCUCUCGAGAGCUUUGCCAUUCAAUAAUCUCCGCGGCCAGGCGACCAGUGCAUCGCUCACGCCGCCGCGCCUCAAAAAAAAGCCAUGUCCAUGAAACUGGUCAAGCAGCUGCGCCAGGCGACCGGCGCGCGACUGGUCGACUGCAAGGCCGCCGUCGAGGCGACGACGGGACUGGAGGAGGCCUUCCAGUGGCUGCGCGAGAAGGGCGCGAGCCGCGCGGCGAAGCUCGAGACGCGCACGGCCGCGCACGGCCUCGUGGCGGCGCGCGCUUUGAAUGGCCGCGGCUGCCUCGUCGAGGUCAACUCCGAGACGGACUUCGUCGCGCGCAACGCCGAGUUCCAGCGCUUCGUGCGCGACCUCGUGGACGCGGCGCUGCGGAACUACGCGUCGCUGACGGCGCCCCAACGAGACGCGGGCGGCGCGGCGCUCGUACAAGGAGACGCGCUCAAGGCGUUGGACCUCCAAGGUACGCUGGUGACGGACGCCGCGCUGGCGCUGUCGGCCCACGUCGGCGAGCGCAUCGACGUGCGACGGUGCGCGCUCGUCGAGGGCGCCCUGGUCUCGGCCUACGCGCACAACGGCGCAGACGGCGCGGGCACGGCGGCCGGCGUCGUCGUGGCCUGUGUCCUCUUUUUCCCCGUCUUCGUCCGUAGCUGCAUCUGCUCGAUGGCGUUGAGGUUCUCCACACAGGUCGCCUUAGACGGAGGCGACGACGAUCUAGGCCGGCAGCUCGCGAUGCACUGCGUCGCGGCGCGGCCGCUGGCCAUUGAUGUCGAUGGCCUGCCUCCGUCACUACUGGACGCCGAGCGUGUUAUCCUGGAGGCACAGCUGGCGGACUCGGACAAACCCGAUGAAGUUGUGGAGAAAAUAUUAAAGGGGAAACUGAACAAGUUCGCCCAGGAGCGAGCGCUGCUGACGCAGGUCCACGUCGUGGACGGCAAGAAGCCGGUCCAGAAAGUGCUCAAGAAGGCGACGGUCGACGCCUUCGCCGUCUUUAGUGUGGGAGAGAAUAUAGAAUAA